ACUGUGCUCUGUAAGCGAGUAGCAACUGUCAGUGCAGAAAGGGUGAAUAAUCGUGCUCUAUUGUUUACCGCGGGAGUGUAGUGCAGUGAAAAAUGAACAAUUUUACCACACAAACCUAUUGCCCGUCCGGUGUACUGCGUACCGGGCAGUGAACGAUGGCCAGGGUGAACCGCCCGCAACAUCAUACCGUACCGCAACACAAAGGACACAAAGCCCUGCGCCCUGAACCAGCGCGACACCAGCCGCAGCAGCAGCAGCAGCAGCACACCAUCAAUCGCGCACACCACUGGAGUUAAACAAGUGUCCGAAGCAAAAACGCACACAAAACCAACCGGAAGCGUAUUGAGUGCAUCUUUUCCGGCGUUCGGUUGAAUCAAAACAAAGGUGAAAAGUGAAGUUUUGCAAAACAAACAAAAAAACCCCAAAAAAAAGUGCAUCCCCCGUAUCUAAGAUUGUGCGUACCGAAACAAACGACCUUACGGGUGCGUAGGUGCGCUUUUUCCCGUGCUCGUGUGUGUGUGUGUGUGUGUGUAUAAGGCAUCUAAACAGUGGGUGUAUGUGUGUGUGUAUAUGUGCGCACUAGUUUGGCCGUGCGUCUUUUGCAUUGUUAGCCGCAAAGGAUCCAUUGUGUUUGCAGGUGUGUAGAUGUGCCCUUUUGCCGAGCGUGUGUGCGUACUGUGUGUAUGUGUAGCGCAAGGGCCACAACAACAUGGUGAAGGAAAUGCCGUCGAGCACGGUGGUGAACCGCGAUGAAGAGUGUCUGAAGAAGUCGUUGAUGGAGGUGGUGAAAAGUGACUCAAGCAACCUGUGUCGGUUAUGCUUAUCGAAGGAGCAAAAACUAACCCGCGCCUUUUCGGACGAACGAGGAAUAGAUGAUGCAUUGCUGAAGAAAAUAUUCGACUGCACAACAGUAAAGGUUAAACUGAAGAGCGUUUUCCCCUCCGCCAUCUGUGCGGUGUGCGAUUUGAAGCUGAACGAGUUUUACAAAUUUCGUGAAAAAUGCAUCGAAAACGACACCUUCCUACACAAUCUGCUCGACGACCGGGUGGCAGCCGCAUCGGAGGUGGACCAAUCGGUCCCGACCGUCGAAAAGCAGCCGAAGCAGCAACACCUGAACCGAACAUCAUCGAAGGGCGGAAGCGGUGGAAGUGGAAGUGGUGGAACUCACGUGAAAGAGUUUCAAACCGAGCAGCAGGCAGCAACGUCGACCACCUCCAUCCCCGAAGCACAGAAGCGCAACAAUAGCGAAAUGAUGGCGAUCGCGUUGAACCAACUGUCCUCGUUCGGGUUGCGACCGCUGCAGGAGCUGAUGGUGGAACGAAACGGUACCGAGCGGCACGCCUUGCUGGACGACCGUUCCUCCGCACGCCUACCGACUAACAGCGGCGGGAAUGUCGUUUCAUCGUCCUCCUGUGCUGCUUCGCAAGCACACGACUCGACGGUGCCUCCGCCACUCAUCUCCUCGCUAGACUUAGUGGAGCAGACAAAGCGUCAGCUCGUGCAGCAGGAACGUACGUUCGCACUGGCAACGCUGGAAAUGGCCGGAUUGCAGGCACUGCACCGCACGGGGACGGAGGGUGGUAGUGUAGGGGGAAGCGGUGGUGCCGGUGCUGGAAGUACCAGUGGUGGCAAGUUUGAGUGUACCGUGUGCCGUCGAAUGUUCCGCAACGCGUACACGCUCCGGCGCCACACGAACCUGCACACCGAGACGAACCUGUUCCCGUGCGAGUACUGCGGCAAGAAGUUUAACGAUCGCUCGAACUGGAAAAUCCACCAGCGGACGCACACCGGCGACAAUCUGUACACCUGUCUCGUCUGUCUGAAAACGUUCAUCUCGCCCUCGACGCUCAAGUACCAUCGGCGAUCGCACCGGCGGCUCGAGUCGUUCGACUGUCGGCUGUGUCCGGGCACGUUCGCCAACUACGAUUUGCUGGAGGAGCACGCCCGCAACAUGCACCAGGACAUGCAGGACAUGCAGCCGGAAGAGCCGAUGAUUGAUGCGGCCAGCUUCGUGAAGAUUGAGCUGGAGGACGGCGAACUGUCGAGCUCGAUGGCGGGGGGUGAUGUGGGCACCACGACAACCACGCGCCUGCAGCAUGGCAACGAGGAGGAGGAGGAGGAAGAGGAAGAAGAACAGGAGUCUCGCGAUCGAAGGCAACCGGUAGACAGUAGUGGGGUGGAGGAGCUGCACCUGGCGGAGCUUUAUCAAACGCAGCAGCAAGUGUUGGAGCUGUUGGAAAAGCAGCUGCAAGGCGGGCAUGUAACGGUCGAGCCGAGAAUCGGGGCAAUGGCAGCGAAUGGUGGCGGGAUGGGUGAGCAAACGAUGCACGAGGGAGGGAUGGCAGUGAAGCGGGAAAUGCUGGUGGAGCAUCAGCAACAGUACCAGCAGCAGCGGCAGCAUGAGGUAGAGGUUAAGGAAGAGCCGCUCGACGAUUCGAUGGAGAUCGACCCGAGCGAGCUGCUGCAGCAAGCGAUGGAGGAAGCGGGCGAUGGCAACGAGGAUAGUGAAGGGGGCGAUAAGCAGUUUUCUUCAUCCUCCAGUGACGAUUCAUCCUCCCCUUCCACGAUGAUCCUGUUUCGGUGCGACUACUGUAUGAAAAUAUUCCACUUCCUGGACGAGCUGAACGCUCACAUGCUUCUGCACAAUGGCGCAAAGAAAGGUAACGCUGCCACCGGACCUAUAAUGCUCGGUACGGCGGCUGCCUCCAACACACCCGGGCCCGUUCCCACAACGCCAUCUUCCAAGCCAAUGCCCCUACUAACGUUGGUGCGACCAGAAAGUUCCAUCCCACUGUUGGCGAAUGGUUACGCGACCAAGGCUGAAUCGAAAUCACCGCGUAGUAAACCUAAACGGCGGCGCGCAACAACCAUCACCGUUGCACCAGAGGAGCAGACGAAAUCGAUACCCGAUGCAGUAAGUGACAGUUUGUUGCCCCCGGUGGCAGCGCCACCGCCCGAGCACGUUUGCUCCAAGUGCCCGAAGAUGUUCCGCACCGAGGAGCUGAAGCGUGUGCACGAGGCAACGCACGCAGACGACGAGCAGGCGCACAAGGUGCGCAGCUGCCGCAUCUGCAACAAGCUGUUCAAGUGUGAGCUAAACCUGCUGGCGCAUAUGCGAAAGCAUUCGCUCUCGAUACACCAGACCGGGCUGGCUGGGGAAGGGGCGGAAUCCGGUGCCGGCGAUAGCAGUGGCAACGAUGAGUCCUGUUCCUCUUCCUCGAACGUUGGUGGUGGUGGUGUUCUAACAGCCGCCGCGUCCCACGAGCUCACUGCUGCACAGAAUCAUCAGCACUUCUCCCCGGACGAGAGCGAUGAGGGUGAGUCGCCGCCGGGUGCGCCACCGUCCGAUGUCGCUAGCCCCGAGGGCGGUGAACCGGCGGGAGAGGGAACUGAUUCGGCCUCGCUUGCCGUGCUUUCGCGCAGCGCCUUCCGGAAGUGUGAAAUCUGUGCCAUCACGUUCAAGGAUACGGUCGCGCUGGACCAACACAUGCUGUGCCAUUUCGAGCGCAAGGAGGCGAUCGCGUUCGUGCCGCAGACGGACCGCCCUUUCCAGUGUACCGAGUGUCACAAGAGCUUCAAGCGAAAGGACUACCUGCUCAUACACAUCCGCACGCACACGGGCGAGCGGCGGUACAAGUGCGAUCUCUGCUCGAGCGCGUUCGUGCACCCGUCGAACCUGAUCACGCACCGGAAGCUCCACUCGAACGAACGGCCCUACCAGUGCACGCUGUGCGGGGCCACGUUUAAGCUGUUCGCGGGGCUCAAGAUACACCGGCGGCGGUGCGAGCAGAAGCUACCGAAGGGUGGAUCGCAGGAAAAUGCCGCCGGUACAGCGGUGCUGUCGUUCGGGCCGGAUACGGCCGAGCUGCAUGACAGUGGGACGACAGCAGAGCAGCUACUAUCCGCUGGCAGUGUGCAUUAUCCAUUCUAAAUGGAAAGCCGGAUCGGGUGGGUACUGGCAGUUAGUUAGAAGUGAGGCAAUCAUCGCAAGAUUUCGUACCGCGUACGGGAAUGAAACAUUCCCGGGUAGUAAUGUCUGAAUUAAGAACAAAACGGCAACGAACUGGUCUAUGCACACUAUUUCAAUUUGCCAUACAUUGUACGUUGCAAUUAACUGCAACACACAAACACACAAACUCUCUAGAUUGUGUUUAUAUUGUGCCGUACGUUUAUCAUUUGUCAUACAGACAGAAUCUUACUUUCUUUUAAAGAGAUAUUUAGGCAUUAUGAAAAUAGUGUAUGUAGGCUACUAUAUUGAUAUAAAAGUAUUCCAGGAUAUGGGAAUACUACUCGAUACUCUAAUUAAGGGCAAUUGUUAGGAAAGAUCACAAACAACAUAUAUCUUAAAGCCUGUGAUUAUAAUGGCGCAACCCGAGUGAGCGAACGAUGGUACACUAGCUGAACAAAUUCUCAUGCAAGUUUUGUGAUUUUCCCCCCGAAAAGAAUCAAUUCACUUGAUCUAGCAGUAAACGAUUCCUUCAUUGCUACUUACGAUCGCACACACCGAUCCGCAUUGUCUGCGGACGAUGAUUUGGGCGAUGGAUUAAGUAUUAACCAGGCACAGAAGGCGGUUUUUGCAAAACUGAAACGAUACUGGAAUCGCCAACACUCGUUCCUAUAUUCAAAACACAGAAAGUCUACUUUAGUCAGAUCGGAUGGAACACAUGUUAGUAGGAAAUAGGAUAAAACACUAAAAAAACAUAUAUAAAUGCUAUCGGGUAAGACUAUUCCUAAGUGAAGCAGAAUCGAACGGUUCUGAGCAAACUGAAACACGGCGGAUGUGUGUGAAAAUGAUUUUUUCUUAUCAUUUUGUAAUCAUUUUUUCCUACAAAACAAAAACCCUCCAUUUUGUGAGGCUUAUCACACAUUUCUUCCUUUACUGUGGUGUAACACAACACACCAGCAGAAGUGAUCUUUCGUUUUUCUCUCGCUCGCCUACUUGUGUGCUCGCAGCCCCCCACACGUUUGCAAAUGUUCAACAUUUCAGGCGCAAUAUAGUGAAAGCUAAGUCUACACACAAAGCCUUUUAAAGGGUGCAUUUUAGUUACGUUAGCUCUUCCUUUUUAUUAAAUGCGCUACACUGCGCCAAAUUGUGGUUUAGUUUUCUCUAGUCCUUUAAGAGUGGACACAUUUUAUUUUAAGUUUUUUUUUUUAAAUAUCUUUUUAAAAGCUCCAGUUCUUGCUAACUGAUGUUUUAUUGUCUGCUUCAAUUGUAAAGAGUUUAUAAAAUCAGUGAUUUUUUUUUAGUUUAAGCCCUUAAGUUUCAUUCAUUUUUAGGAUUACGAGAGCAGAACAGACGUUAGAUUAAAUUGUAACAAAAUGGAAGCGAACACUUGCAUUAGUAGUAAGCGUAUAGUAUAGUAACAUAGUAUGGUAAAUAUCCUGCUGGGGAAAAAUAUUCUGUGUACGUCGAAGCGACUACCAUUGUCUGAAACGCGGAGAAGAACAAUCUACUUACCUAAAGUGUGUACUAAAGCUAUCGUGAAUCUAAUCUAGAAAGGCCAUAGCAAUGAUGAGAAUCGAAUAAAUCUAUAUAAAUUUUA